AUGAGGCCACCGCACACACCGCCGGCGAAAUGCCGGCGCUUGACCGCCUCCUGUCCAAGCAUCCCAGAGGACAUACUCGUGACCGAGGUGCUCGCGCGCCUCCCCGUGAGGUCGCUCUUCCGCUUCAGGUCCGUGUGCCAGUCGUGGCGCGCGGCCAUCGACGGCGACCCGCGGUUCGUGUGCCGCCACCUCGAGCUCUCCCGCGGGCGGUCGCCGCCAUCCGUGCUCGACGCGCCCUGCGAGCCUCGCCUAGAGGACUACUUGGGCGUGGCCCGCUCUAAGGAGAUGGAGUUCCGCAGGAUCCGGCACGGCGGGGUGCGCCACGGCGGCGAGACCGCCGCCGCCGUGGACGCCGAGUUGAUGCACGCGGUGGUCUGGCCCACGAACCGCUUCACAGCCAUGACGCACCCCGUGCACUGCGACGGCGUGGUCCUCGUCCCGACCGCCUCCGGGGAGCUCUUCGUCUGCAACCCGGCCACCAGGGUGCUCGUCCAGCUGCCGCCGGGCAGCCCCAGCGUCAUGGCAGAUGCGGUGGCCUUUGGCUUCGACCCCAGUAGCAACACGUACAAGGUAGCCAGGACCUUCCACCGCCGGUUCGAGGUCAUCGAGUACGACUCCGAAUCCGACGACGACGGCGAAGGGUACCCGAGGGCGGAGUUCGACAUCGGGCACGAGGUGUUCACGCUCGGCGCCGGCUCGUCGGACUGGGAGCCGACCGAGGACCCGCCGCACUUUAUCAUCCCGACGGCGAGGCCGAUCUGCACGCGUGGCGCUUUCUACUGGACGGCCGUCGUCGGCUGCCCCGACGACCCGCGCCCGAGCGAGCUGCUGCGGUUCUGCCUGCGCGACGAGACCUUCACCGUCGUCUCCCCAACCCUCCGUGCUUCUCGCUGUCGGCGGGCAUCAUCGGCGAGCACAUCUUGCCUUAUGGGCUCACUCCGUCAAGUUGCCCUAAGGCCCUUAAAAGUGUAG